AGACCUUGCCCCAGAGACUGAGGGCAGAAACUGACCUUCCAUUCUGGAGACCCAGGCUCCCCCAGGACAGUGAAGUCACCAUGGCUCUGGGGAGGUCCCUUGUGCUAUUCCCAAUGCUCAUCCUGGUGCUCCUGGGGCUGGUGUGGGUCCAGCCUUCCCUGGGCAAAGAAUCCGCUGCCAUGAAGUUCCAGCGGCAGCACAUGGACUCAAGCAGUAACCCCACCAGCAAUGCCAACUACUGUAAUGAGAUGAUGAAGCGCCGGAACAUGACACAGGACCGCUGCAAACCCGUGAACACCUUUGUGCACGAGCCCCUGGCAGAUGUCCAGGCUGUCUGCUUCCAGAAGAAUGUCGUCUGCAAGAAUGGGCAGACCAACUGCUACCAGAGCACCUCCAGUAUGCACAUCACCGACUGCCGCCUGACGAGCAACUCCAAGUACCCCAACUGCUCCUACCGCACCAGCCAGAUGGAGAGGAGCAUCGUCGUGGCCUGUGAGGGGAACCCGUAUGUGCCGGUCCACUUUGACGCUUCUGUGGACUCCUCCACCUAAGCCAGAGAGCGAGAUGCCCAUCUCACCCCUGCUCUUCACUUCAACACCCACCUUCCCCUCUUCUUUCCUUGUCCCAAAAGAAGUAACUGCAGUCAGGGCUCGGUCCAGCACACACGCUUCCCUCUCCUCAGUCCUGCUCCUUCAUGGCUUUGGGGCUGAGGAGUGGGUGGCUAGGUGGGCCCCACAUUAACUCCUUCACUGCUUCUGCCAAUAAACACAGUUG